AUGAAGCUCAACAUCGCCAUCGUUGCUCUAGCUCUUUCGAGCACUGCCCUCACUUUUGCUGCUCCUUUGCCCACGCCUAUGCCACAGGGUUGGGGUUUUUUGAGGAAAGCCGUUGGCAAGAUCUCAGGCAAGAGUAGUUCAGCGGCCCAGGAGCUUUCUAUCUACGCCGACAAUUACGUCCCCCAGUACGAGAGGUAUAGCGACGCAACGCACCCCUACAUCCCGAAGGAGCACUCUUCUCAGGCCAGCCCUGUUCACAGGUCAUACGGCGGUGGUGAUAGCAGCAGGCCUGCUGCACGCGACCCUCGCCACGGCGGAGACGAGUCUGGUCACUGGACCUCUCCUCCUGAUGAUAAUUUCGUCGGAAUGGUCAAGCUGAGCCCUCCUGAAAACUAUUAUCGGCCUCAAUACACCCCUCACACCCCUCAACACGCCUCUUAUGACUACCAUUCUCAGCCUCAAUACACCCCUCACACCCCUCAACACGCCUCUUAUGACUACCAUUCUCAGCCUCAAUACACCCCUCACACCCCUCAACACGCCUCUUAUGACUACCAUUCUCAGCCUCAAUACACCCCUCACACCCCUCAACACGCCUCUUAUGACUACCAUUCUCAGCCUCAAUACACCCCUCACACCCCUCAACACGCCUCUUAUGACUACCAUUCUCAGCCUCAAUACACCCCUCACACCCCUCAACACGCCUCUUAUGACUACCAUUCUCAGCCUCAACCCAAUCAGGUCUCUCAUGGGCACGCUUGGCUAAACGGUCCGCCUGGUGAGGUCGUUUCUCAACAAAGCUCUCACGAUGUUCAUGGUUAUCCCGUCGGUGAAUACCUUAAUGGGCCUCCUCCAGAGCAGAACAGAGUUGGCUGGUUCUUUUGA